AUGGAAAUCGACAAGCUCGCAGCAGGCAUCAAGAUUCUCAUGACCGGAACUGAGCUGCUAAUUUCCCUCAGCGACGGCGACCUCAUGGCAAGCCCAAUCAGCCCCCCGCCAGGAACCCCUCGCAUCUCAAUACGACUCCGCGAGCUCCCCGACUCCCUCUCCACCCGUAUCUUCGUCUUUGAAGACCCCAAAGCUCUGGAAGAAUACUUCAAUUCCAAUCCCACCCAUCCAAAAGCGACCCAUCUCCGUCUCGUCCCCAUGCAUCGAUUUAUCGAUGGUCCAUUCCCGAGUGUGAGCUCCACCGGAGCAUCGAGUUCAGGAUGGACUCGCCAGUCACUCAACCAGCCGGCCGAGGUACGCGAAUUCUACCAAGCCAUGCCAUUCCCUUACCCGAGUCUUGAGUUCGUUUCUAUCGAUCACAUCACAUACCCCGAGGGGCUGGAAUUUAUCACGCUCAUUGCGGAUUGGAGGGCUGCUUGUCGGGCUGUCCCAAGAGGACAUAUGGUGCAGGAGAUUACUUUUGAUUUGAAUGGGUCGAAGAAGCUCAAUUCGAGCUAUGUCUCCCGUGUGGUGCAGCUGGUAAGCACUGUUUUUGCGGUCAAGGCGGGUGGUCCCUUUCACAGUCGACUUCGGGGUGAUGAAGCAUAUCCGUUCAGAGAUCGUGUGAUGGGGGCUUUGGCGCGAAAUGGGGGUUCCGGGCUGAGGAAUGAGGGUCGACGAUUUGAUAUCCCGUAUUGCAUGUUAGGGUUUGGAGGGGGUGAUAUGCUUGGCUGUGAAGGUUGA